CAAUGCAGAUUAUGGGCGAAAGAGGGAGACAGCCAUAGAACAGCUCAUGUUCUGUUUUGUUAUUUCAUAAUAUUCCCGAGCAAGAGAAGAGUGGCGGAGGAUCUACCUGGCACAAUAUGCAAAGCAAUCAGAGCACGCGACUGCUGUCCCUGGCCAGGCACCUGCUGAGGCGGACAGCGGCACAAGCGUCGCAGCAAACGGCAGGAGUAACAGGAGCGGCAGCAACAGGGCCAGGCGCAUCGGGCACUUCCGCCUCUGGGACGGAGCAGACCACGCACUUUGGCUUCCAGACGGUAAAGGAGAGCGAAAAGGAACAGAAAGUCCACGAGGUGUUCGAGCAGGUGGCCAACUCUUACGACUUGAUGAACGACGCCAUGUCCAUGGGCAUACAUCGCGUGUGGAAGGACAUGUUUGUGGAGCGACUGGGGCCGACGCAUGGCAUGCGAUUGCUGGACAUGGCCGGCGGCACUGGCGACAUCACAUUUCGCUAUCUGAAGUAUCUGGCCAAUCAGGCGAAUCCCCAGCAGCGCCCCAGCCAUGUGACCGUCUCGGACAUCAACCAGCACAUGCUCGAUGUGGGCAGGGAGCGGGCCCGUCGCCUCGGCCUCACCGAGGAGCGCUUGCCCAACUCAACGAUCGCCUGGCAGUGCGCCGAUGCCGAGUGCCUGCCCUUUGAGGACGCUUGCUUCAAUGCCUACACGAUUGCCUUUGGCAUACGGAACUGCACGCAUGUGGAUAAGGUUCUGAGCGAGGCCUAUCGGGUGCUGCAGCCGGGCGGACGGUUCAUGUGCCUGGAGUUCAGCCAUCUGACGAACGAGUCGAUGCAGUGGCUGUACGACCAGUACUCGUUCCAGGUGAUACCGCCCAUGGGCCAGCUGCUGGCCGGACAGUGGCAGGCCUACCAGUAUCUGGUGGAGAGCAUUCGUCGCUUCCCCAAGCAGGAGCACUUCAAGCAGAUGAUCGAGCAGGCCGGCUUCGAUCUGGUCUCCUACGAGAACCUAACCUUUGGCAUCGUCAGCAUACACUCUGGCUUCAAGCUGUGAUUACGUAUGGCUUGUAUGGCUGGCUGGAUAGAUGGAUGGAUGGAUGGGAAUAAGGAGUAGUUUUAGAAAACCCUUUGCUGGCAUUUGGCUGGCUGUUUCCAUGCCGAGCACGUAACCCCCGCGACGCCAUAAAGCAUCGCAUUGAACGGCUUGGAUUUUUAUUUUUCUACCGUGGCUGCCCCGUGUGCGCUCACAUUAAAGUUUUUAUGUGGCUCUUUGUCAAAUGUUA